AUGGCUUCCAACUCGUUCCGGGACUCCAUCAACUCGCUCGGCUGGAGCCGGCGUAACGAGGAGGCGCCCAUCAACACUUCGCAGCAGUCGGGUCUGCUGUCGUCCAUCAAGAGCCUCAACCCUUUCCAGGACCGUGGCUAUGUGCGUCUCCCGACCACCGAGAGCGCCGGGGCACCUUUGCCGGCACCAAGUCGGCGAGAGGAGGAAGAGGGCUGGUUCGUACUGAGCAGGUGGGACCGGUUGUUGAUCUUUGGGGCUUGUAACCUGGCUGCCCUCGCCUGCUUCGUCAUCUGCUUCACCCUCUUCCCGGUUCUCUCCCUCAGGCCGCGCAAGUUUGUCAUAUUAUGGUCUGUCGGGUCGCUCCUCUUCCUGGCAUCCUUUGCAGCCGUGAUGGGGCCCAUGAACUACAUAUAUCACCUCCUGUCGGCUCCCAGACUGCCGUUUACCGCAGCAUACUUUGGGUCCAUCCUGACGACGCUGCUCUUCGCGCUCAAGCUUCAUAGCACCAUUUUGACCAUGCUAUCCGCCUUUGUCCAACUCGCCUGUCUGCUAUGGUAUCUCAUCAGCUACUUUCCCAUGGGCUCUACCGGCCUUCGCCUAGCCGCUUCGUUUGGGACCAGGCAAGCCACAGCGUGGAUUACGGGGUAA